AUGGCGAACGUGAGCGUCUCGAAGCCGGCUAAGGGCCUGACGCGCAAGAGGAGUUUCAAGCUCGGCCUGCCGCUGCUCUGCGGCCAGUCCGACGUGGCGAGCCCCGUCGCCCGGUCAUCGUCGUCGUCUUCCAGCAGGAGGUCGUCCGGCACCGGUAGCAGCGGCAGGAAGUCCGAGCUGCGCAGGAUCUUCCAACACUUCGACAGGGACAACGACGGGAAGAUCUCAGGCGCCGAACUGAGCGCCUUCUUCGCGUCCAUGGGCGAUGACCUGCAGGUGCCGUCGUCGUCCGGCGGGUACCUGCUGGACUUCGCCGGGUUCGUGGCGCUGAUGGAGAGAGGGGAGGGCAGCCAGGAGGAGGACCUGAAGAGGGCGUUCGAGGUGUUCAACGCCGUCGAGCCCGCCGGGAGGAUCACGGCCAGGGGGCUGCGCAGGGUGCUCGCCCAGCUCGGCGACGAGCGCUCCGUUGCCGACUGCGAGGCCAUGAUACGGGCCUACGACGUCGACGGCGACGGCGGCCUCGACUUCCACGAGUUCCAGAGGAUGAUGAGCUAG